AUGGCACAACGUUGCCCAGGAAAAGUGCGUCAACACGACACAUUAAGGAGUGGCGACUCCGCCUUCGACGUAGUGUCGUCGCCACGCCCAUCGUCAAAUCGCCCACCGACCGAGCCGACUAUCGUUGCCUCAUCUGCCACAACGCAGAAGACGCCAGCUGGACUGACUUCGUCAUGGUCUAGGCUUUAUGGUGUUCGCCACGAUUACUGUAUUAUGCCAUCAGCACUACUCUUAGUACUACUUGUUGGCACUUCACAAGGUCUUGUAUGUCUUACUUGUGUUCAAUCGCCGGGAACUACGCAAUUGGAUAACUUCCGGGUUUCUACCCGAUUGCCGGCUCCAACGUGUCGCAUGGAGCCGAUACGAUGUGAUCGAGAUCAGGACGUGUGCGUACGCAUUAGUAUGCAUAUUGGUAACUUCGCGAAAAGGUUAGUAUACAAGAGCUCCACCAUUGGCUUUUUAAUGAAGGUGCUUCCACAAUUUCUGGACUUUUACUAG